UAGAAUAUAAAUAGUAAAUUAGUUAAUAAAGAAGAUAAAUUAGUUUCGAUAGAAAAUGGUGAAACUCUCAUUGCGCCAGUUGUUGAGUUGGGCAAACGACGUCCUCCAAGCCAACUUCUCGUCCCUGGACGAGUUCAAUACAGGAUCGGCUUAUCUUCAAAUCAUCCAUCGCCUGUUUCCACAAUCUGUCUCUUUACGACAAAUAAAGUUCUACACCAACUAUCAAUUCGAGAUGGAGUCGAACUACAAUCUAUUGAAGAAGGCAUUCAAGACGCUGAAUAUAAAUUACCCGCUUGAGAUAAAGGACCUCCAACAAGGAAGGCACUACGAGACCUUGAAUUGGCUCCACACAUUCUAUCUUAAACACGAUACCGGGGCUCCCUACGAUGCGCUUGCGAUGCGUCAGAAUCAGAAGAUUGGCCUCCGUCGUGGACAUCCAACAUCGCAAAGGAAGCACAGAUGCCUAAGCGACUCGAUUCAGAGUCUUACGAGCGCUAGAUCGACUGCAAGUCAGUCCUCUAGCCUCUCGACAAAGUCAGCCAUCGUGCAGAGAAAAGACGCUUUCAAACGCAAUAUAAAUCCAGAAGAGUAUUGCAUAGAGAGUCUUGCCAUAUCUCUCCCAAGCGAAGACUCUGCCGAUGAUGAGGCUCCCGAAACGAAUGUGCUCUCAGAGCUGGAAGCGUUAAAGGCGUCUGAGGCUGAACUUACUGAAAUACUGAAGAAGGUGAAAUAUUACCUUAAUCUGAAGGAGUGGGCAGAGACUCCCCAGGAAACUCUGACGGCCAUUCGCAAGCUGGUGUGUCGCGACGAGAAUGUCAAGCUCGAGGGAGAGGGGGAGGGCGACGGCCCAAAAGUUGCCGAAAAAAAGCAAUCCAAGCUGGAUGCAGGCAGUCAGUAGACCGUUAAAUAUAACAUUUUCGCCCCAAGGUCUUACGGAGCCAUCAUCUGUAUCGCGUUUUGUUUUUGUGUUUUUGAGUUCAAUGCCCCACACUUCGACUGCAUCUCAAAUUGGAAGUUCGUGAAAAAAGGUGCCUUAGCGGACUUAAUCUCCAGCAAUAAAAGGACAGGAAAAGAAUGUGAAGACGUCAAGGCGAUCCUGUCAAAAGGAAAUUGGAAUGCAAGAAACUAAGAAGAAUCAGAAAGAAAAACACAAUUUUCAUUGAAUUUCGUUAUCUCUAUUUUCAUAUAUACAACAACGGAUAUUCAAUAGCCCUAGUUGCUGUUGAUGUUGUUUGAUUGAAAUUAUUUUCAAGCCACACAUGUUGGCUGACACACAAUUGCAAAGAUGGGAUAAUGUCGGAACAUUUUAAUAGUUGCACCCGUCCGCAACUGGAAAGCUUCAAUAUUCCGAUCAGAACAAUAUCAAUAGCCUAGAACCAGUCCAACGUCGAGUAUUUCUGAAAAACUUCAUCCAUCGAUGCAAUAAGUGUGGCAUACAAAAAAAAAAUUGUUCCGUUAUAAGUUAUGAAUGUUUUAUACGUUAAAAGUACAGCCAAGCUGACUAGGUAUACGACAUGCUACACCCCAGAAUGAUUAAUUCAAUAGCCCAAGGCCUGGCACACCAAAUCGCAGACAAUUCUGCCGGAUCAUCUAUGAAAAUAGUUUCGCAAAUCAUUCUUCAAUUGAAUUUGAAUCUUCAAGAUCCAAAUGCAUUGGAGAAUUGUUCCAGCCUGACCAAUCACAUCGACACAUCUACAGAUAAUUUACAAUAGCCCGAAAAGCCAAUAAGAUUUCAACAGACCAGAUAGCUGCAAUAGCCCAAACAGUUUGAAAGUACAAUAUCUUGAUGGUAUAUUCAAGAACUCGGCCCUGAACAGCACAUGCAAAUUUAUUCCAAAUUAAAAUGUA